GCCCCUCUUCAUGACAACUCAACGACAGCCUUAUCAUCCUUUCGUUCCGUACCUGCAUUAGGCGAAGACCCUCUAAGAUCUUGCGUCAUCUCUACGAGAAAGUACAAUCAACGGCGACACCUAAUCGAUCACACUUGAUCUUCAUCAUCUCAGCCUUGUCUCGAGUGGCCUGCGUGUCUCAAGGUCGCUCUCAUCACCAUGGAUACUCCGGAGGUAAAACUUGCCUUCGAUUGUGCAUUAUGCAACGAAAUGGAGGUUACAGUGGACAGCUCUGGUCCCCGCGUUUCUGGGACCGUUCGUGGUAUGCAAAGGCAUGAUCUGUUCCACAGCGCGUGCGAGUCUUGCGACCAAUCUACUGUUCUCAGCCCUGCUAAAUGUUGCAAACAAUGUCAACACCUUCGUGUAGAGCAUCUGAUGCUCUGUGGCCUUCGAGAAGAGACUGAUGUAACGCAAAUCGGGAUAUCCUGGAUCAAGAGGACAUCAAUCAUGUGCGAACUAUGCAACUUUUUCGCGAACAGCCUUUACAAUCUAACCCGCAAGAAACUUCGUCUGAGCAUAUUACGCAUAUCUUCCCUGCAGAAAUCCUUUCUGCAACGAGGAACAGAAGCGUUCGUCAUACCCGAUGAUAGUCAACAAAUCGUUUCUGAGUACAUCGCUUGGGAAUGGGCGAAAAGCUGGGUCAAGGAUCUGAAAGAGGACCUUCCCGAUCCAGUUCGAUUUCCACGAUUCACUCGUGCGUCAGAGUUGCGAUUUGACUUCACGAAUCAACGCGCCCAGAGCGUACUUGUUGUAGACGUUGUCCAGAAGUGUGUUGUCCCACUUCCUUUUGGAACCACAUAUGCUGCUUUGUCAUACGUAUGGGGUGCGGGACUAAACACUACGCAAUUCCAAACUUCUGAAACCAACGUCCGUGAUCUGGAGCAGCCGGGCAGCUUGGAUCACGUACGUCUUCCUUACACGAUCUGCGAUGCUAUGUUAGUCUGUAAGGAGUUGGAUCAACGCUAUCUGUGGGUUGAUCGUCUUUGCAUCAUCCAGGACAGCAGCUGGAACUAUAAGUCUGUGCAGCUCGACCAAAUGGCGCUUAUCUAUGGCCAGGCGGAGUUCACUAUUGUCGCAGCAGAAGGAGAUAGCGCCGAUUUUGGUCUCAGUGGAGUGAGUCGUCCAAGAAUUACUCCAGAGAAAGCUCAGCUCAACGAUAACAUCUGGCUGGUCGAACCAGCUCCAGGCUUGGAAAAAGUAUUGGCAAGGACUACAUGGUCACAACGGGGCUGGACAUUUCAAGAGUAUUUGACCUCGUCGAGGCUUCUGUUCUUCACCCAACGCGGACUUUAUCUCAGUCGGAGACAGCCCAACAGUAUCAAGAACGAGGUUAUGAAGGUAGAAGAGUUUGCGGAAGCAGCAAUAGUACCCGGCCGGGAUCCAGCAUCUACAACUGGGCUUCGUCUGGUCGAUCUUCUGUCAAGCUACACGAAGAAGUCAUUUACGCAUUCUACUGACAUAUUGCGUGCAAUAACAGGCAUCUUGAACGCUAUUUAUGGCGAACGAACCUCGUAUGGAAUGCCAUGGAAGAAUCUCGAUCUCUUCAUUCUGUGGUGUUCACGCAGUGACAGGUUGAGACUUUCAUCAGGAUCAGAUCUCUUCCCAACUUGGUCAUGGAUUUCGAUAAACGGCCAGAUAGCUUUUCCCGGUGCGACUGCUACAUUCUACAGUCUUGUAUUUUGGGGUACAUGCACCAUAUAUCACUCCGAUUCCUACCAGGGACAGUUGUGGAAGCCAUUUGCAGCACCGCCGAAUAGCAACACAACAUAUCUGCCGGAUCUUUCUGUGGCUGCCGUUGCAUGGCUGAGUGGGUGCUUGCUUUCGGAAAUACCUGAGUGGAUUAUGCCGGAUCACGCUGAGUACAAAAGUCUCAAACAGCAACGCAAUACGGUGAAGAGAUAUCACGAUGCCGCAUUCGGUAGCUACUCCAAUUACGUCAAUUUUGAUGGAAUUGAUAUUGGGUUAAACAGCGCCGUGGGAAAAAUAGCAGCACAUACACAAGUCACAAAGUUUGUUCUUAGCAGCCGAUAUCGAGAUCAAUCAACUGGCGAGAUGCUCCUUCGGGCUUGCACUACCAAUAGAAUUGCUGGGGCGGUGGAUCUCAACAGACGACCGCCUGGCAAAGACAACGUUGUAACACUGAUCGCUCUUCCUGUGGGGACCAACUUCUUUGGUAACCCGGAUGUAAUGAUCAGAAAUCAUAGCUUUCACAUACAAGACGACUCUUCGAUCAGUAAAUUUUACGGAUGUCCCUGCUGGCUUCAGCAGAAGGAGCAGACCCCUCAACCACAUCUAACGGAGUGUCCGCGCCAUCCAGAUUUUUGGACACCCAGUUUACCCAGAGAUGCGGUGAUCAAUACCCUUAGUUCAGAGCCGAAGGAUCUCACAGCAUGGUAUCAAGCAUCUAAUAAGUAUCUUUCAGACGUACGAGACCUCGGUGAACACAGUCAUCUCACAGAGGCCUCUGAUGAACCACCCAAACUGAACGUCAUGCUGGUGACUCCAAGCGCAACUCAGGGCGGAACUAUCACAAUCUACGAACGACUGGGAAUUGGACAAGUGUAUCUAAAGAGGUGGCUCGAAGCGGAUCCGAAGUUUCAGACAAUAAUCCUUGCAUAACACUCGGCAGCCUUCCGGAUGCGCAAGCAGAGCAAGAUCAAUGCACAGGUAGAAGGCAUGAGAGAGAAAGAUGGGAAGAAGAGUUGAGACUCUGUGCUGGUGACGUCCCGCAGAUAUGGUUGAAAUAGAUCUUUGUUACGGAUCUCUGGCAGUCCAGGAACUGGGUUCAUCGCGU